CCUCGCACUGGGGCCAGCAACUGGUCUCUCUCCCCCAGUUUCCAGUGGAUAGCCAUGAAGGGCGUGUUCUGCUCCUUGUACAGCUGGAUGCUUGUUCACCUUGCCUGGAUGUGUCUCCUUUCCUCCAUGCAGCACUGCAGAGCGAAGGUUCUAGAGAAGACCUUCGAGGAGUGGAUGAGAUACCGGGACGAGUGCUUGAAGAAGCUGGCAAAUGAUCCAUACCCCACAGGGUUCUACUGCAACCGGACGUUUGACAUGUACGCCUGCUGGCCAGAUGGGAGCCCGGGCAGCACCAUCAACGUGUCCUGCCCUUUCUACCUGCCGUGGUUCGAGAAAGUGAAACAUGGGUUGGUGAGUCGCAAGUGUGGGCCAGAUGGGCAGUGGGUGAUGGUGAAUGGAACGCAGCCAUGGAGGGACUACUCCCAGUGCGAGGAGGAGAUGGAGUCCACCAUGGAGGAGGAAGGGGCCCGCCGGCUGAUGGUAAGUUUCAAGGUGCUCUACACGGUGGGAUACUCGCUGUCGCUCCUGGCACUGGUCUCUGCCCUGCUCAUCCUCACCAUCUUCAGGAAACUCCGUUGCACCCGCAACUACAUACACGCAAACCUCUUUGCCUCCUUUGGGCUGCGGGCCAUCUCGGUGAUUGUCAAAGACGCGCUGCUGGAGAAGCGGUGGGGCAUGGAAAUCCUGCAUGUGUCUGACUGGGAAGUGCUGCUGAGCAACGAGGCUGCAGUCGGCUGCCGGGUGGCUCAAGUCGUGAUGCAAUACUGCAUUCUAGCCAAUCACUACUGGUUUCUGGUGGAAGCCGUCUACCUGUACAAGCUUCUGAUUGGAGCGGUGUUUUCCGAGAAGAACUACUACACGCUCUACCUGUACCUAGGCUGGGGAACCCCCGUGGUGUUCGUGGUGCCGUGGCUGGUGGCCAAAUACCUGAAGGAGAAUGCAGAGUGCUGGGCUCUGAAUGAGAACAUGGCCUACUGGUGGAUCAUCAGGAUCCCCAUCCUGCUGGCGUCCCUGAUCAAUCUGCUGAUCUUCAUGAGGAUUCUCAAGGUGAUCCUGGCCAAGCUGCGUGCCAGCCAGAAAGGCUAUGCGGACUACAAGCUGCGGCUGGCCAAGGCCACGCUGACCCUCAUCCCCCUCUUUGGGAUCCACGAGGUGGUCUUCAUCUUUGCCACGGAUGAGCAGACCACGGGCAUCCUGCGCUACAUCAAAGUCUUCUUCACCCUCUUCCUCAACUCUUUUCAGGGUUUCCUGGUCGCUGUGUUGUACUGCUUUGCCAAUAAAGAGGUGAAGUCAGAAAUGAAGAAGAAAUGGCAACUCUGGAAGCUUGACCAUCCAGCGCUCUGCUGCGCACAGUGAUGGCUAUACUGCCCUGCCAUGGGCAACCUGCCUGGCAAAGCCGCAGGAGAAGGGCUGCCUCCAGCUUGAUGACUGGGGGAGUAGACCAAGAGGCCUGCCAUGCUCCCGAGCCCUGGAGGGGAUGUACCUUGUACUGCAUCUCUGCAGAUGAGAGCCUUGGGGAUUGUCUGUGCACCAGAUGCCGUGGAGGGCCAGUCCAGGGAUGGAGAACAAUGGGCCCAGCUGGAGUUGCAGCAGGUCAAAGCACCUGUUUCCAAAACAUAGGCGCAUCUGGGAACCGCGGGUGCUGGUGCAAGCACUGCCUGAGCUGUGGAGCAGAAGCUGGGAUCCUACAGGCCUACACUGCUGCAGAACAGCCACUCCUGAGGCUCCGAUGGGGCGAGGGACACACAGCUCUGGAGAUACCCUCAGAAGACAUGGAAGGCCCUGAGAUAGGACCCUGCUGUUUAUGCUGCACUGCAUAACAGGACACCAAGGGUGUGAGGAAACAGCCUCCUGACUCCUGCUCGCGUCCUCUGCUACCUGACCCUUGGGUGCAGCACCCAAAAUCUACCUCUACAGGAUGCACCCUUCAUCAGGCAGCACUGCAUCCAGCGAACCUCCAUCCCCAGCAGCACUGCUGUCACCGGACCCCCUGCUGGAGUGAGACACGCAAACCUCAGCACAUGGGGAUGGAGUCUGACGGGGUCACGACUGUCCGAGGACAGGCCAGACUGCAGCAAUGAGACGCUGCUGUGAUUGCUGUGCGGUAGCGGACAACAGUGGCUGCAAGUGGAGCUAGGCCUGUGGCUAAGCCUUUAGUCACAACUGAUCCAGGCCUCCGCUCGGGGAGCUGGAAGGCUCACACAUCUGAUCCAUGGGGGUGCAGCUCUCACCCUGUAAAUCGGGGACACUCUGCUCCCUCUUCUGGUGCUGCUCUCCCCAGCUGUUAGCCGGGGAGACGUUUCAGAAGCUGGAGGGCUGGGACAGGCCUGUAUGCUUAGCCCCAGGGAACCCCAUUGUGGGUUUGGGCAGGUUGCCUGCCUGUCACUGGCCCAUAUGCGAACAGCAGGCUGGCUGGGACUGCCUGGCACAGAUGUCUCAUAGCUGAGUGGCAGGGAAGCCAGAGUGGUUGGCGAAACACGGCUCAGCUGACUUGUCUAGCAUUGCGAGGUCUGCCUCAGGGGGAGGUGGGAGCUCAGAAACCCAGAUGGUUUCUUUUCAUCACUCAACUCCUUCAGCACAUUGGGUCUGGGCUUUCAGCCCUCUUGCCCCAGACCCAUGGUAGAUCCAAGUCAAAGAUCCAUCAUCAUCUGCCUUCCUCUCCUUCCCAUUGCCCUGCCCAGCUAGCCCAAAAGCCUGCUGUUCCCCUCCUCUUCAGAGCUGCCUCCUGCCCAGCUGAACUGGCCAGAACUAACUGUCUUAGCCAACCCUCCUCACAAUAGCCUCUAGGCACCUCAACCUCUUUAAUGUAUUUAUCCUCUGAUCACGGCCCUGCCUCCCAGAACUGGUGCUGUCCCCACUUUUCACAGAUGAACAACUGAGGCUAGAGAGAUGCAUGUGUGACCCAAGGUCAGGCAGGAAGGCAGGGGCAGAGCUGGGCACUGAACCUGGCUCUCGCCAGUAGACGCUGGUCCCCUGAGCCACAUCCACCUCCAAGUGUUGGGUUUGAGGCGGGUAACUUGUAUAGCGUAGGGGCAGGAACCACUUAACACCGACUACGUUAGACCCUAAUAACCUGAUAGGAGCGUUGAGGUCGGGUUGCAUCAGUCAUGACAACACUUCGCCCCUCUGAGGUCAGGUUCUGGUCGGCUGCGAUUGAGCUGGGUUGGGUCAAGCUUUAACGUUAGGCGCGAGCAGACCUGCUCAUGAGUCCUAGGCUAGUGCCCUACCCCUGGGCACUCCUUCCUCUCUGCCUUGGCCAGUGCUCACCCCACUCUUUCUUCCAUGGCUGCAGCAACUGAAAAGUGCCAGGCUGGUACAGCUAAACAGGCAGCCUGCUCCCGUCAGGCAGGCUCACCCAUCCUCCGUGCUCGGCAACUCUGCCACUGGCGAUAGGGAAGGGCGGGAGAUUCUGGAGCUUGCCAAGCAAGGGGUUGGAUUUGCAAACUGUUCUGCUUCCAGCCCAGGUGGCAAUGGCCUGGCUGGGGCAGUACAGUCAGCUACGUGCCCGGAGGAAGUGCAGAGCAUGCUCUUCUCUGGGCCCCCUGAAUCCAGAUUGACAGGGCUGGAGUCCAGUCUGCUGCUCAGCCCCAACCUAGGGCCUCCUGACCCUGGACUAUGGGCGUGUAGUCUCCAUAGCCCAGCCAGUCCUCUGCGUCCUUGCUGCAGGUGCUGGGAAGAAGCCAAUGGUCACUUCCUGUGAUGUGGAUCCUGGGGUGCGAGGAAGUGGGCUGGGACCAGCAAGGCAUUUCUCCUAGAUCAUUCCAGAGCCCUCUGCUGGGCACAGCUUCUGGUCUGGGGCGGAUUGCAACUGGUGCUCUAGAGGUGGCGGGAGCCCCAGACCCCAUGGGCUCUGCUGUAAAUCAUGCCGGUGGUGUCGCCCGCUGCUGCCCACGUGCCUCAGGCCCAUGCAGUUUAUGCACAGACCUUCCUUUACAGAGCUGCACUUCCCCAUCUCCUGGUGGACAAAAGCAGAAUCGUGCCCACCAGCUGCCAACUGCCGGAGCUACGCCUGCCUCACUCGGGUUCUGAGCCCCCUCCUCUGAGGGCAGGGACGUGCCUCCUGGCAGGGGGGCAGAUGCCAGCAGCUGCCAGAAUGCUGCCCAUAGUUACCCACACCUUCAGUAGAAGGAUGCGUGCUGUAGGGACCACGGCUCUCCCCAGGCAAUGCUCCAGCAGCAGCAGAACAGACCACAGCUCCCAGGGAGGAGGCAGGCUGCCCCCAUCUCUCACUUUAUGCAAUUUAUGUCCAGGUGGCCCCUCAGGCUCCUGGCAAGUUGCCAACAUGGCCUCUUGGUAGCAAGUGGUGUCUAAGUGCCCCAGCCAAUGCAGUGCUCUGUGGAGGGGCUGGAUAAUGCAGCCCCACCAGGGGGUUGUGGGAGGGAUUGUUCUUGGGAUUUUACAGGCUGGCAAGGAGCCAUUCUAGCUGUUUCUGGGCUCAGCUGCACCCGGGUUUGAGGCUGGAGGGAGUUCUGCAGGAGCCCUCGGUAGCUGGCCAGCUGCUAAGGAGCACCAGAGCGUUUUGCACAUUGUCUUUUGACGUGUAAAUAAAUGUUUAUUU